UAUUGGUGGUUCGUUCGGGAUCGUGUUACCGUGUCAGGCAAUAUUUAGCUAUUUGCUAUAGGCCUGGUUGUCAGGCUUUUGUGUAGCAGUAAUGUUGCUGGCAAUACUUUUUUUAUAAGACUUGACUUGUUUUCUGUUUAUUUUCUGAAGCACAGCAUUAUGUAAACGAUAAGCGCAGCCACUUACCUGAUGUUAAAAAGUGAAAAGUCAAAAUAAGGAAUGUUCAGAAACGAAUAUCAGGGUGGUGCGGUUGUCGACAUCUUCAGUGCUCAGGGAAAAGAUCCCGUGGCCAAAUGGAAACUUCAUGGAGGGCAGUCAGCGAUAAGCAAAGUUUUUGACAAAGAGAUGAAAGGCUUUGUUUAUAUUCUGGAAGGCAGCAGCCAAGCAAACAAAAUGCAGAUGCCGAAGGAUAACAAAAUGAUGCUUGGGCUUAGCCAGAGGUUCCUUGUCCUUCAGGUGUACCUACCCCUGGGAAAAGACUUCUCCACUGAACUCAUAGUUACAGAUUUAGAAAAUCUUAAGAGAAGAUUGUAUCUCUCCACGGUUCAUAAGGAAUUCACUGCAACCCCUCUGCAUGCUAGAAUACCUCUCUCCAGUCUCAAGCAUAGCAUUUGGAGCAACAUGUGCAUCGACCUUAUGUCUUUAACGGGUGAGAUAUUCAAGGGUGCUUCAUUCCUUUCACUGGAUGGAAUUACUGUUUCUGCCACUUGCCGCCUCAGGAGAAUCUUUACAAUGAAAGUGCAGCCAAUGGAUGCCUUCAGCCAUGGCACUCCUAAUAUUUGUGGUCAUAAUCUUGUGGAUGUGACACCACGAAGUUUUCAGUUUCCAGCAGAUGUCCAGCAUAUUACUCAAGUAGUGAACAUGGACAUGCUGAGAGUUGAAAUUUCGUCCAGUAUCUCUUCCACGACAGAAUCUGAACAGAAAAACAGUCCAAGUUUAACCGGCGUACGUGGGCCAAGGAGCCAUUUUGUGUCCCACAUUGCUUUUGGAUCAAAAGUGCUGGGGCCUCCUCCAGCUACAGGAAGGAAGACCAGUGCAUCCAGUUGUCUAGAGGCAUGUAGCUCUGCAACUAGAACAGCCGUGGCUGCAAAGAUCAGUGAAGACUGGCCAAAAAAACACACAGAUCAGUGUGACCAGGCUCUCAGUUCCCCACAGGACUUCACAUUGCAGCAAAAAUGUCCAGAUCGAGAUCCUGAGGAAUCAGCUGAUGGCACCUCAAGCACAGUGAACAGUGCAGGACGUCAGAGCACUGGGCAAAUGAAAAAGAAUUCAAGAAAUUACAGAGAUGAUGCAAGACAAGACAGCUGGCAUUUUCCUUUGAAUUUGAAGGACUUUGAUGAUUUCGAUUUGGAUCCCGAAUCUCAGGUCCAUCAGCGAUCCCCUGGCUCCUUGCUUUCCUGGGGGGGUGGUGAAAAACAUGAGAGGGUUGAGCCUCAGCUAACUCUGAAAGAAGUUUUCAACUUCUCAUCACGUCCCCACUAUGCAAGGCGAUCUCAGCACCACACCCCCACCAUUGAGGUCACUGUGUCUUCCCCUGACUGGAAGGGCAACUGGCAUGGAGCCGAUAGAGGACCAAGGAUGGAAGAUGAUUUCAUUGGCAGUGAGAGUGAUGAGGGUGAAGCUAGCCUAACAAUUCUUGUUCAGAAGCCCAAUUUCCAGUCGUGCCCAACUGACUCAGUUUCACAGAGUCUUCAUGGGGAUGACGAAUGGAAUGUAUUCCGCUUGGAAGAAUCUGAUAGUCAAAAGGAGCUGAUUCAACCCAGCACCACAAUGGCGUCCUUGAGCACUGACUCGGGAUAUAAGAAAGCCACCUUGGAUUUGGCCCACUGGACUGAUAUGGUGCCAGUGCGUAGUCUCUCCCCAAGUGGAAUUGGACAAGGACCCAACUCGUUUGGAGCUCAGAAGGCUUGUCAGCAGUGCUGGCCCAAAACCUCCUUCACCAGGCGGUCACUCAGAGAGAUUCCGAGAGGGGAUGGGAGAAUGCAUGUGGAACGUACAGCAGAAGAUUAUUCUGUAAAAAACAGUUCUGAGGUGUCCAUGUUGUUUAGUCUUGGGAUGCAAGAAGAGGAGGAGUUGCAGAUGUUAGCUAGUCUCUGCCGGCAGAAAGAAGAGGACGAACAGGAAGGAGCCAGCUGGCCUGUAGGCCUCAGUGCUUCUCAGACCCACAACUGCACAAUCAGCAUUAGCAGCGGCAGCGAUGGAACCUCUACCUGGAUGCCCAGUCUCCACAUGCCAGCUAAUCAGGGACAUCAUUACCAAACAGAAAUUAAUCCACUUCUUCAUUCCAAUCCACGACAUCAGGUAACAACCAGAAAUGACAUCAGGGAAUGGUUAGGUGUUUUCAGCCCACCUAUAAUCCCUCCCAGUGAGCACGUGAGUGGGACAGGCAACAGUGAUCGCCGCGGGGACAUCAUGAAAGGCAGUGCAGUGUCAAUGAGUGAAGCAGACACGGAGGAUGAGUAUCUCACUGUCCUCUAUGAUCCCUGUCUCAACUGCUACUUUGAUCCUGAGUCAGGAAAGUAUUACGAGUUAGUCUGAUGAAAAUAAAUAUCCCACAUCACAGUUUACCUUUUAAACUCAUUUAAUGGCAAUGCAAAGGAAAUAAUUUAUUUAGUUAAAAUGACUUAGUUACACAUUUGUCAGUGAAAUGUGUUUUGAUUUAUGUAUUCAUUUUCUGAAAUGUUUAAAUGAUUUAAUAUUGCUAAAAAUGCCUGCAGAUCUAUUUCAAACUAGGUGUUUGUUUCUUUACUAAGCAUUUAAAGUACAAUUUCAAUGUUAUAUAGAAAUAACUGAAUGAAAUAUAAUGUAUUAAAAUGAAUUAUUUUGCAUAUUUAGUCUUUACGUCUUUUCAUACAAAUAAAAAUCUGCAGGUUUUAAAUCUGUGUCUUUGUACUGUAUGUAAGCACACAGAGAGCUAAACGCUGCAGUGUACUUGUGUUUUCUAGCCGCAUACAUAAUGCCACAUACUGUUUAGUAUAUUAGUUCAUUGAAUUCUACAUUUGUUUUUUUCCUACUACAUAGUCAGUCCUGCUACAAUGCGUGAUAUCACGCCGCAGAAUCUGUUCUAACAGGAUCGAUAUAUUAGUACGCAGGUCCAAUAGAAUACGGAAUUGCAUUUGUAUGUGCGAUUUUCAGUCAGAGAGAAAAGCACUAAAAAAACUACAAAAUGAUUGGGUCAGCACUACUUGCACAUAAAAACAAGUUUUUAACUCAUUAUUCUUUUUAACCGGUUCUUUUCUGUGAAUCGGUUGAACCAGUUUUCAAAUCUAAAUUUUUUUUACUUUUGGUACAUUCAUUCAUUGUCUUAGAUUGUAAAAAUGUAAAAAUAUUUGACAAAUUAUAUAAAAAUACAAAGCAUCCAUCCAUCCAUUUUCUAAACCGCUUAUCUGUCGGGGUUGCAGGGGGUUCGGAGCCUAUCCCAGAAGCUAUGGGUACGAGGCAGGGAACAACCCGGGAUGGGGGGCCAGCCCAUCGCAGGGCAAAAUACAAAGCAAGACUUUAAAAUAACUCUGCAUAUUAUGAUAUAAUUUAUUAAUGUAUUAUUGUUGAUUUUUAUUUAAAAUGCAUAAAAUUACAUUAUUGGCCACUGUUGUCCCUGUUUUUUAUUAUUUAGUUCAUUUUGAUUGGCAGAAGUUACUAAGUUUUGGAGUCUCAUUCCCCUAACCUGAUAUUUCCCAUUGGAUAUGUGUAUUUUAGUACACUAUUUUAGUGAACGAGAGGUUUUUCAGGAGUGCAUUGGUCACGUUGUUACGUAGGAGUAUUAUUGAACCAGCCCACAUAAUGCCUAACUAUCUGUGCUAUAUAUUGCCUGUGUUGUCUAUCCUAUCUGCAUUUGGGUUGUACAUUGUGUUACAUUAUGUACGUUAUCCUGUCUGUGCUUAGAGUUGUAUUUAUGAUAAAUUACUGUGCAACAUAUGUAUUAAUAUAUGCAAUAUGUACUUACCAGUAACGCAAAAAUAAAUCCUUGUACAUACUACAGCUGGCCAAUUAAGGCUGAUUCUGAUUUGAUGACCUGUAUGACAUGUGGAGUAUUCUACGGAUGUGAGUGUUUAGGACAGUAAUAUCAUUACUCCCCUUUUUGUGGUGUCCAGUCUUGAUAUGGAGCCCAAGCUUGUGACAGAAGUAGGGUUAGGACAGG